GAAUAGUGGCUAACUUUAAACUCCAUGUUAAAUGUGAACACCUCCAUGUGAAACCGAAAUAUGAAAAUCUCUCAUGCAGUUAGAAAUAAAGCUUACUAUUCUCCGUGAUUUCAACGAUUUCAAUCCUCACAAAUGAUAUGUUGGUAAACAAAUGACGCCAUAUUGAUUUUCAUUUUGGGUAGCCUAUAUUCAAUUGAUGUCUAACCCCUGGUAAUAACCUGAGACUCAUAACGACAGUGACUCGAGCAGAUACAAAAAAAAACAAAAGAGAAAUAAAUUUGCUGUGAGUGCAAUGAGGGAAUUUAAUUUUAAAUCAGAGGACAGCUGCUCGGAGGAGAAUGGUCGAUCUGUCCCAUCUGUCCGGGACAGUGCACAAUCUCAAGAUAUCAAAAUUUGUACAAACGAUGAUGGAUCCAAAUCAUUUAUCUGCAAAGAAUGCGGUAAAGCGUUCCGCUUUAAAUCGUCUUGCAAUCGUCAUAUAUCUACCGUCCAUGGACAGAAAGUGUAUCAAUGUAAAUACUGUGACGAGGUUUUUCACCAAUCUUGCAAACAUCGAACACAUACCCAACAAAAGCACUAUGAUCAACAUAAGCUUGAGUGCAGUGUGUGUACAAAACGCUAUCAGCUCGAUCAUCAUCUUCGCCGGCACUGGACUGUGGAGCACCAAGCAAUCCAUGGUCCGUAUAUUAAACCUGGGGUAGAACUGUUGGAAAUAAAAACUGAGAUCUCAGAUGAAGCUGAAAACGAAACAACAAAUGGUGCAACAAUGGAAUCUGCAAACCGUCAUGCAGUCGUUGGUAUGCAGGAUUUGUCGGUUGACCAGAUUGAUAUUAAAAUGGAAUUCGAGUGCACACCUGCCCAACUGCAGGAAAUUGAAAUUAAUGAAGAUAAAAUGGAAGGAGAAUCUAUCCAAUUUGGAGUAACGAAUAACAAUUUUAUCGAUCGUGUUAAAGUCGAAAGUGAACAAGAUUGCAUAAAUGAUGUUCCUGUAAACACGAACACUCAGUUAACCUUCCAGUCCUAUUCCGUGGAAGAUUGUUUGGCUCCACGAACAAAUAUUGGAGGGAAACCAAAACAUCGGAGAAGUUCAACCGCUUCGAAUGGUAACAAAAACAUAUCAGAGAAAUCCAUCAGGCAUGAUUGCGAUAUAUGCAAAAAAACAUUUCCCCGUCCGAUAAGACUCAUCAUUCAUCGGACGUUGGUACAUGGAAUUGAGGAUGCUGUUAAGCCUCUGCCUCACUAUACCUGUGAUGUAUGCGGCAAAGUUUACCGCUCAAAGGACAAUUUUUCGCACCACAUUAAGACGCACUCAAAUGAGCGUAACUUUUCUUGCUCGUACUGCGAUCGAUCGUUUCUGAGAAAAAAUCAGUUGGGUCGGCACGAACAGACCCAUACGAAAGAUAAUCACUACGACGGCCAGCCUUCGAAUGGUAACAACAAGUUAUCAAAGAAAUCUACAAGACACAGUUGCAAUAUUUGUGGAAAAACUUUUUGCCGUCCAAUAAGACUCGCCAUUCAUCGGACCUUGGCACACGGCAUUGAGGAGGCUGAUAAUCCUCUGCCCCAUUGUACGUGUGAUAUAUGUGGUAAAGUUUUCCGUUACAGGGUUUAUUUGAACUUGCAUAUGAAGACGCACUCAAAUAAGCGUAAAUACUCUUGUUCGCUCUGCAUUAGAUCGUUUGCAAGAAAAGUUCAGCUGGAUCAUCACAUUCAAACCCAUACGAAGGAUUAUCGAUAUAAAUGUCGUUUCUGUAGUUUUGGAUCGCCUAGAAGGAAGGUUACGUUAUUACACGAGGUAAAUGCGCAUAACUGUGAAGAUGCGGAAAUCGUUUCGAAUUCCACACUUGAAGACCCCGAAUCGCAUCAUAGUAACGAGUCGAACGUAGAUGGUGGGUUAGUUGAUCAGAAUAACAUUAAAACCGAAUUCGAGUGCACAUCUCCUCAACUACAGGAAAAUGAUAUUGUAGAAAAACCGACCCACUUGAAACAAAACCAGGAGUAUAGUGUAAUACACCCAGAUGUUUACUCUAACCAAUUUGAAGCCAAGAAAGACGAUGUUUUCAAUCGUGUUAAAGUCGAAAAUGAACCGGGUCUCACAAAUAAUGUUCCUGUAAAUACCAACACUCAGUUAAUCGUUCAGUCAAGUCCCAUGGAAGACUAUUCGGCACCGAAAAAAGGACAUCAGAAAAGAUCAACAGCUUCGAAUGGUAACAAAAACCCAGCAGCGAAACGUAUCAGGUAUAGUUGCGACAACUGUGCGAAAACAUUUGACCGUCCGAUCAGACUCACCGUUCAUCGGGCCGUUGCGCAUGGAAUUGAGGAUGCGGCCAAUCCACUACCUCACUUUACGUGUGAAGUAUGCGGUAAAGUUUAUCGUUACAAAGUGGAUUUUUCGGAACAUAUGAAGACGCAUACAAAAAAGCCAUCGAAUGGUGACAAACACUUACCAAAGAAACCCACCAGGCAUAGUUGCGACAUUUGUGCGAAAACAUUUAACCGUUCGUUAAGACUUGACAUUCAUCGGGCAUCGGUACACGGGAUAGAGGAUGCUGAUAAACCUCUACCUCGCUUUACGUGUGAUAUAUGCGGUAAAGUUUGCCACUACAAAGCUCACCUUGCGACGCAUAUGGAGAAGCAUUUGGAAAGGGCGUCGAAAAGUGACAAAAAGAAACCCAAAGGACAUAAAUGCAACAUUUGUGAAAAAUCAUUUUACCGUCCGAUAAGACUCGCCAUUCAUCGGGCGCAGUCACAUGGAAUCGAGGGUGAUGAUAAUCUACCUCGCUAUACCUGUGAUAUAUGCGGAAAAGUUUACCACUCCAAGGAUUAUUUUUCGCACCACAUGACGACGCACUCAAGUGAGCGUAGCUUUUCUUGCUCGUACUGCGAUAAAUCGUUUGUGAAAAAAGUUCAGUUGGAUUAUCACACACAGAUCCAUACGAAAGAUUACAAAUAUAAAUGUCGUUUCUGUGAAUAUGGAUCAACUGUGAAGAAAAUUGCGUUAUCACACGAGGCGAGGGUUCAUAACUAUAAAGAUGCGGAAGCUUUGGCAUUGUCUCUCCCAUGCACAAUUUGUGGUAAGAUCUUUUUCUCCCCGGUCAAGCUUAGAAUCCAUGAGGCGGAGCAUAGAAACGAAAGGAACAUAAAGUGUGAGUUGUGCGAUAAGAAAUUCAACAGUAACCUAUAUAUGAGGGCACAUAUGAGAAAUGCUCAUCUGAAGAAUAUCGGUGGGAGGCAGGUUUCAAAGAACAGCAAAACUAUUGAACUUCCGCGAUCCGAUAAGCCUCUGGUGAAAACGCUGACGAAUCCGGUUGAGAGGUCAGAUGUAAUGAGGAAUAAUGAUAAUAACAAUUUGUUGUCUACUGUCUCCCAGUCGAAAAGUUGAAAGAACCAAUCCUCUCCGAUUCGAUAUUUCCAUGAUAUUUUGUAUGGUAUUUUCGGUGCACCGACCAAUUUUUCAGUGUAAAUAUACGUCGAAACAAUUUUUUUUCUAACGUCAAUGUCAGAGGAGAUGUCCCCAGCAAAUUUUGUUUCCGCUGAUAAAUUUGCCAGAAAGUUCUUGAUUUGGUAAGGGAUUUGCAGCUGUGGACAUGGUGACACUUUCAGUCAGCUUUGGUUUUGUCUGGCGCUGAACCCCCUCAAGAGAAACGGUCAUGACUAUAGGGUAAGGUAUGGCAACGGCGCCAAUGGAGAAGUGAUACAUACCUCUUACAUGGACGAUCCCAAGGUCUACGAUGAUUCACGUAAGCGUCUAGGUGUAGAUAUAAGCAGGAACAUCUGCAUGAAGCUCGGCCUCGACAAGUGUCGCUGCGUCCAUCUGCUGAAAGGACAAUUCACCGAAUCCGGAGGCUACCAGGUCUAUGACGACGGGUUGAUAGAAGACAUUGUUCGCGGCGAAUCUUACAAAUAACCUGGAUUCCGACAGCUCACUGAGAUUCGCCACUCCGAUAUCAAGACGGAGCUGCGAGACAAGUGAACUGUGUUCUGAGGACUUUCCUCGAUGCGGGGAACGAAGUACGCACGAUCAACAAAUUCGCCGUUACACUGCUGAUCUCCAGUUUUGGAGUUGUCAAGUGGAGCAAAACUGACCUAGAAGACCUUGAGAGGAGAAUGAGGAAAGCAUUCAAAGAGGCCGGAAUGCGCCAUCCUCAAUUGAAACUGGAUAGAGUAUCACUACCACGUAAAGAAGCGGUCUUGGAAUUGUCGACAUUUCUACACAGUGUGUUGCCUAAGUACGACAACUGCGCGAGUACUUCGCAGACCUCGUCAACCAGUGGAGAAGACUGCAGCUUAGAAGCAGUAGGCAGUGCAUGGUGUCCACCUCCAUCAUCUGGACCGGUCACACGUCGACAAGGCCGCACGCGUGGUGUACUCACUUAAGUAGUAGAAGCCGACACGAUAGCCAUCUAUGACAGGAUAAUGCCGACAAUAAACUGCAAGCGGUACACCUCGCAUCAAGACGAUGAUGACAUUGGCCGUUGAUGACAUCAACCAAGUGAAAACAUAGAGAAUAUUAUGGGAGGCUGUCCUGUUUCGGCCAACGCAGUCUAUAUCGAGCGCCACAACAACGUGGCCCGUAUUAUUAUCGACAACUGGCGCUCCGAUGUGGUCAUUAGAAGACAACGUAUCCAACUACCGAUACCUGCCUGCUCCUGUCCUGGAAAAUGACCGUUUCAAGAUGUACUGGGAUUGCACUGUUCCGACCGACCUCUCAAUCCAACACAACCGUACAGGAACUCAAAUAACUGUGGGGUCUGAGGGAGGUCCCAAAGAUUGUUCCAAUCGUUCUCUCUGGAACUGGAACUGUCCCGGAGAAGUGCUUGUGGUGUCGAAUAUGGAGUAGGAAUUGACCGGCAACCAAAAGUCGGUCAUCCUUAGCACCUGCGCGAUUCUCCGACAAUUCCUCGGUCGGAUUAAAAAGCACGAGCAUGAGGAUACGUGCAUUCCGCAGAGCCCAGUCCCCCUUAGGCAUUCAGAAGCCCGGGGGCAGGUGAAUAUUCUGGCUAGGUUCGUCUAGUGAACUGCCCUGGUUUGAUUUUGUUUCCGCGUAUGAUGAACUUGCCCUAGUUCAAUUUUUGCUCGCGUGUUUUUUUCAGGUUCUACUUUUCUGUUUAUCGUUAUAUAAACAAUCGCGCGCAGAAUCAGCACAAGGAAGCGUGCGCCUAUGAAUUUAGCGCGAGCCAUUUUUUUGUAUUAGUAAAUAAGAAACCAAAAUUAUAAAUAUAACGAUUGUUAAAAGCAUUCGAGCCAAUCAGGCUCGGGAGAGUGAUACACAAAAUUUCUACCGCGCCGGGCGCAUUUAUUUUAUUUUACCCGAAAGGGCCCCGUUGGGUGUUUGUCUAAUAAUUAGCAUGUCGUUCUUUUGGGCGGGGUUUUUUGUGUUUUGUCUCGAAUUAAUGCAAUAUCGAUUUCCCGUAAUUUUCGUCGCGAUAGACAUUCAAACCUAGGUAGUGCGGACUGAAUCAAAACGGCUGUCAAAAAAGAUCCAAUUGAAAUGUCAAAAGAGAUCCAACGAUCAGGAGUGUUAUUUUUCUUAUGAUAAUCAACACUAUAAAAGAGGUAUUGUUGUCAAGGGCCAAAAUAAUUAAAAUUAUAAAAUGAACGAACUACAUUUUCCCGUUAAUUGUUUAAUUAACCAUUGCAUCUCUGAAAGAGCAUCUCAGUCUUUCACUAAGCAACGCAUUUUUAAUGUCCUCUCUCUUUGACAUAACGUUUUUCCGAACGAAAUAAAAACAAACGAAGUCAAAGUCACGUAAAUGUUUACUCCUGCGAUUUGAAAAUAUUCGAUAAAAAGUGGAAGGAAGAGAUGCCAGAUGAUUUUAAAAAAAAAGUCUGUAAAAAUAUGUG